AUGUAUACACUUUCACCCGAACAAAUCGCUUCAUACCAUGAAAAUGGCUAUCUUCUCCUUCGCGUCGAUCAACAUCGUCUCGUCGAUCCUAUUGCCCUACAGAAAUGGACACAAGAAGUAAAGUCCUGGCCACAGGAAAAAGGCAAAUGGAUGCCCUACAACGAGAUCAACAUCAACGGCGAGCGACAGCUCAUGCGAACGGAGAGAUUCGUCGAUUAUCAUCCCGAGUUUAAAUCUCUACUGUAUGGAGAGGCAUUGGGAAAAAUUCUCAAAGCUCUUUCUGGUGAUGACAUGCUCCUCUUCAAAGACAAAAUCAACUACAAACAACCCCACGGGAAUGGUUUCCAGGCACACCUUGACGCACCCGCAUACGACCACAUCGGACGCAUCGAGCACAUAACAGCCAACAUCGCCAUCGACGCCGCGACACUGGAAAAUGGAUGUUUAGAAGUCAUCCCCGGCUCGCAUCGUAUGCAGGUCGAGCUAGCUGAUGGUGGCCGAAUCUCGCAGGGCUGGGAAGACGCACACGCUUGGGUCUCGAUUCCGUUGGACGCGGGUGAUGUUUUACUUUUCGGGUCACAUCUGGCCCACAGAUCUGCUGAGAAUAGGACGGAGAAGAGCCGAGCCAGUCUGUAUGCGACGUUUCAUGCCAAGAGUGAUGGGGUGGAUCUGAGGGAGAAAUACUACCGACAUCGCAUGGAGAUGUUUCCACCGGAUCAUGAACGCGAGAAAGGGAAGGAUUACGCCCAGGGAUACAAGAUCUAUGGAUUUGCGGCACCAUUUUCCAAGAUAGAGGAACAAGUAUUGAAAGCUUCAUAA